CCUACAAGAGCCGGCCCCCCUCCUCCGUCUUCCCCUUUCCUACCUCCCCUCGCCGCACCGCGCGAAUCAAACCCUCGCCGCAAGUAAGAAAUCGAGGGGCGAAAUCCAAAACCCCGCGAGCCAGCCCGCCAGCCACCCACCCACCCGGACCCGCCCGCGGCCAUGGUGGUCUACACGCAGGAGCACGUCUACCAGCACCCGUGGGACCGCGUGACGGCGGCGGCGUGGCGCAAGUUCACGGACCCGGCCUCCCGCACGGCGCUCUCCCACGUCGCCGACGUGCACACCCUGCAGCGCCGCGUCGACACGGACGCCGGCCGCCUCCACGCCGCGCGCUCCAUCACCGUCCGCUCCCCGCCGCUCCCCUUCAUCCUGCGCCGCCUCCUCCCGGCCGCCGCCGCCUCCCCCUCGGGCGCCGCGAUCUGCCACUGCGUCGAGACCUCCGUCGUCGACGCCCCACGCCGCGCCAUGGACAUCGUCGUCCGCAACGUCAGCCUCCGCGGGAUCAUCGAGGUCGAGGAGCGAUCCACCUUCCGCCCCCACCCGGACCGCCCCGACGACUGGACGCAGUUCAGGCAGGAGACCACGAUCCGGUGCCGCCCGCUCGCCAAGCUCGCCGCCGUCGCCGAGAAGGUCGAGACCCGCUGCGCCGAGAGGUUCCUGCAGAACAGCGCCAAGGGGAGGGAGGUCGUCGAGCGGAUCUGCCGCUACCUCGAGGCCGAGGCCGCCGGCGCCGCGCCUUCCGCCGUCUGAUCCGGCCUGGUUUGCGCCCCCUCUCUUGGCCGUUCUGGAUCUGAUCGAAUCCAAGGUUCCGCUCGAUCUGUGCUGCGGCUGAAGACCCAGGCCUCGCAUCGAGGCCCUUUUUUGUUUGUUUUUUUAAUUUCAUUUUGUUUUGUAUAUGAGCUGAAUCCUGAAUGGAAUAAAGCUUGUGAGCAUAGACUUCAUUGCUGUGUUGUAUGUGGAGAAAUUUUAACCCUCUUUUGCGCAUAUUCUUGUUGAGCUACAUUCUGAUCUGCAACAUGUCAUGGGCUUUCUGUGAAGGGGCUAUUCUAUUCUGUGACAUGUUGGUUAUUGAAUAUGGAAGAUGAGUAACUAUGCGAUUUAA